GGAAUGCUAAACAUAAAAAACAGAAAUCGAAAUGUGACUAACAGAAUUGAGAGGAAUAAUUUUGUUUCUGCAAUUCUCUCUCUACGAGUCGUUUCGUUCCGUUCUGUUCUGUUCUCUCUCUCAACGAUGCAGAGACAAGCAGGAACCUCUCGCGCGGUGGAGCUGCCGCAGACAUCGCAGCCCCGAUUGGUGCCGUUUUCUUCUCCCAAGGGGAAGAUCGAGGAGGCUGCUAAUCUUCCGCUCUACAAGAGGAAUUCCUCCGUCGGGAAGAAGGAGAAUUUGAAGUCUCGAUUGCCAGAGAAGCUGGUUCAUCUCAUUCCUGUCGCGGUGCUUCUCUGCUUCUUCAUCCUCUGGUGCUUUUCCUACUCCGCAGUGAAUUUCGAUAGCAAGGAGGAAUGGAUUGCUGCUGCUCGACUGAUGGCACAAAAUGCAACGUUCUUCCCGCCUUUUUCAUGGAUUUCCGGCGUACAGCUUCUGAACAACGAUAGCUAUUCCGAGUGAUUGGAUGAGCAAGACUUGAACAAUCUACGGCAGCGAACGGUGAGGUUUCAAUCACUGUUGAUCUCUUAUGCUAGAAAAAGCCAGACAAGUAUACCACAAUGUAGCUCCGAUUCAUGAUUAUUUUGUUGCUUUGAUUGAAGUUGCUAAAUGUGUAACAUUUAGACUCAAAACUAGAAAAUCUAGCCAAAUCUACAAAUGUUCACUUGAUUUGCUACUUGCUUUGAUUGCCUCUGCACCGGCAAGUUCUUCUCCUCGUCUUUGGGAAAUGUUUACUUAAUUGUUGAACCACACCACCCCUCUCGUCUCCUAUGGCUGCCGCCGCAGAUUUCCACAAACUCGAUGCUGCAGCACCAAACAUGCUUUGUCUCCUACGUCGGAGACAGCCACCGGUCCCCUGAGGUUCUUGAUCGCAGUUCAUCAUCUAUUGGGAUAUCCCAAAAGUUCAGUACUAUAUCUUUUAAUUUGAAUUAAAAAAAAUAUUCUGUAUUCUUUGCUAAAAUAAGCUUUAAUAGCAGUGGUAAUUUGUCAAAAUGAAGCGUGGAGCACUAAAUAAGGGCGAAAUAUAAUAGUAACUACUAAAUUAAGUUUA